AUGAAGAACGAAUUUGACGCUGAGAAGGCGGAUGGCAUACCGUCGAAUGCGUCUCGAGCCCCAACCAACGAGGAGCGAAUACAUGAGCCUGUCCCUGGAGAACCUCUGGAACAGACAUCUUCUCAAGCACCACCGGCGACCACAUUUCUCACCAAAACGCUCUCCAGAGUGCGUACCAGGGACAGCAUUGAUCCGGGCCCACCACCAGAUGGAGGAUUUCAGGCGUGGUUCCAAGCUUGCCUGGGUCACCUUGUCAUCUUCAACUCCUGGGGCUACAUCAACAGCUUUGGCCUGUUUCAAACCUAUUAUGUGAACGUGAUGCAGAUUGGUGGCGAAAGCUCUGUGGCUUGGAUUGGAACCACCCAGGUGUUUGUUUUGUUUGGCAUUGGGACGUUUAGCGGCCGAGGAUUAGAUGCUGGAUACUUCCGGAUUCAGUUCAUUCUGGGGAGCAUCAUAUAUGUCACCGGAAUGUUCUUGACCAGUCUUUGCACGCAGUACUACCAGAUAUUCCUUGCACAGUCGAUCUGUGUGGGAAUUGGACUGGGCCUCUGUUUUGUGCCGACCCUGGCUUUGAGGUCGAUGGGUCUAGCCAUUGCAGUGACGGGCUCAACCACGGGUGGAUUGGUAUUUCCUGCAAUCGCAGAAUCGAUGCUCCCUUCCGCUGGCUUCCCCUGGGCAAUGCGGGCCAUGGGAUUUGUACAGAUGGCCCUGGCAAUCGUGACCGCGAUUUUCCUCAAGCCACGCCUCCCUCCCCGAAAGAGUGGCCCCCUCGUGGAGUGGGCAGCAUUUCGAGAAACUCCAUACACGCUCUACUGCCUUGGGACGUUCUUAUACUAUUGGAGCGUGUAUGUUGGGUUUUUCUUUGUGGGUAGCUUUGGUAGAAAUGUGCUGGGGACAAGCCAGUCGACGAGUAUCAACUUGCUCAUGGUAUUGAACGGAGUUGGAAUUGUCGGACGGACAGUCCCAAAUUAUGUGGCACAGAAGUGGACGGGUCCUUUGAACCUGAUGCUACCAUGUGUUGCAGUUGCUUUCAUCGUUCUAUACUGCUGGAUCGCCGUGGACUCAGUGGCUGGAUUGUGGGUUUUCACAAUCGUAUACGGCUUUGCUGCACAUGCUUUGCAGGCAUUAUAUCCUGUUGUACUUACCAGUUUGACGUCUGACCAGAAAAAGGCAGGAGUUAGGGCGGGGAUGGGAUUUACAAUUGCGGGGUUCGCUGUGCUAACAGGCCCACCGAUUGCAGGAGCUCUGGUGCAACAAGCUCAAGGCAGUUACCUUGGUCUUCAAUUGUUUUCCGCAACGAGUAUGUUGGCUUCAGCACUGGUGUUUGCGAGUGUCCGAUGGUCUGUUGGGUGGAGACCGACCAAGGUGUAA